AUGUCACGCCCCAGAGAGAGUGGUGUGGACGCAGUCGCGUACAUUCCUCUGACGGCGCCUAAGAACGCCCCCAGCCAGGCUCAAUAUGAAGUCAAAGUCGCGAAAAAGGAAAGUUCUCUGUGGGCCCGGCUGGGGGUAACUCAAAUCCUUAUUUUGUGUCUCGGCUCGAUCAUACUUACCAUAGCAGUCCUACCUUUAGCCUGGCUUUGGGUUGAGUCUAUGGCAGCAGCUGCAGGACGAGAACCAAGCAGCGUUUGGAUCUCAGUUAUUGAAGCAAACUGGACCACGCGGAUCGUCACCAUCUGCACCGCCAUUCUACGAGCGGUGGUCACGGCCCAGGCUAACGUGGCAACCGCGAUGUUUGCGGGCAUUAUUCUAGAGCGCGUCGGCUCUCCACUAGCGGACGGGCCAUUCUAUUCCACUAUGCGGGCUCUAAGUGGGAGCCCGACAAACUUGCUAUGGACCCCUAGUCUACCGUUACGCGAAAAUGGCCUCUCGGUCCUGGUCGUGACCCUUAUUGUCCUUGAAGUCUCAGUAAUUAUAGCUGUGCAGUUCCUUUCCACCCUUCUCGUGGCCGACUUUGGGAACGGCGCAUUUACCCAAACCAGCAACAUGACGAAUAUCCGACAAUUAAAUUAUACCAGAGAUCCUUUCCUUGGUCCGUGGUGGUCGAUACCUCCGGUGGCCGGUUGGACGUUUGCCGAGCAAUCGGAACCGCCGAUACCUGGGCCUAAGUACGACGAUACAGGUCACACAUACCGUGCCUUCCUACCCUAUCUAGAGAGGGUGCAGCGGAAAUCAUUACGCUAUUUCCGAGGCCCAGUCCCAAUAAGCGAUCAACGUGUUGUCUGUGUGCAACCUAAACUACGUGACCUUCGCCUCGACGCUCUCAACCCAACUUUCCCACGUCUCUCUGGACAGAUGGCUAUCGCUAACGGCACGUAUCCGAUGCUACAUGGUACGGAUAGCCAGUCCUACCUCCCAUUUACGUGCGCGUUAGCUACCUCGAUGCCGAUCUCUAACCAGAAGCAAGGACUUACGAGCUUAUGUUGGCCGGAUUAUGGCAUGGAAUGGAAGGUCUUGCUCGAAGACCCUCUAGUGACACCCGGACCUACCACCUAUAAGGGGAGCAUAGUUCCCGGCUAUCUGCAGGCAUCCACGUUGUUCAUGCUUUUAGACGUCGUCUCCUCGGCGGGUGUCCCCAACAACGGGACGGAGGAGGUCCGCCUCAUGGGGAAUAACGACACCACUAGUAGUCCCUGGGUGAUGGUCGGAAACGUGACCAAUGACCCUAUGGUGCGGGUGACAACCUGUAUGGCAAAUCUCGGAGUGGAUACGUUCACUACGGACAUACACAGCAACUGGGAGGGGUCGGAGCCCACUAUGUCCUGGAACCAACCCAUGCGGCGCUACGACACCGAAAGUAUGCGUACCCAGCUAGGUGCAAUCAGACCCCGACAGCCACUAAAUCAGCGAGGCGUGCUCGUUCUCGCCCCCCGCUCGGAUUGGCAACCCUUGUCCUCCGAUCCAGUGAUCCCCACCUCCGUUUUGAAUGUCUCCGAUACAAAGUGGUUAAAAUCCCGGUCCCUUAGCGCUUCCAAUGCCUGGUCCUUCAUGGGAGCCCUUGCUCAGAUCCUAAUAAGGAUGCAGAACGAGGGCACAAUGAUGGUUGACCCGGGCAUUAUACUGUCCCGGGACUCCCCCCCGGGUAUCUACAUCGCGCAUGAGUCAUAUACCAGUCUUUUCCAGGACACGCUGGAGCAGACACGAAGCCCUGCUGUGGCCCUGCAGGCGCUCCUCACACUGUUCACCCAGAUGGUCUAUUACGAGAGGCUGCUGCGACUCAAUGGAACUGAGCGUGCCGAGACCGCCUUCUCGCACGCGGCGCUGAUUCCGACUCAGUGGACAGGGUUCGGGGUAGGGAUGGGGCUAUUAUUUAGCCACUGGGUGGUGAUGGCCAUUGUCGUGGGGCUGUUUGCGCGAUACACGCGCCAUUCUUUGUUAGGGAAUCACUGGCAGGCGGUUUCACAGGUGUACUCGAAGGACACGUUGGCGGUUCUGGAGAUGGCGGAUCAGAUGAAGGACCGGGAGGUCGAACGUUGGGUCAAGCGCAAAGAGCUUGGAGAAGAGCUCUAUAGUGUUGCGCUUGAUGAAGGGGAGGAGGGGCGGGUAGCUCUGACAGUUAAACAUUCGGAUUAG